AUGCAAACUGAAGCUUCUAUCUUACCAGUAGUACAACUUAAUGUGCAUAGAACAAUCACUAGAAAAACAAAGCCUUGUUCAAAAGACUCGGCGCUGGAAUCCAAAAAACUAUCUCCUUGCAGAAAUACACUACUUCUAUCGAGCAAAAAAUGUUUAAAUCCCUUGCCUGGUGCGCCAUAUAGAAACAGCAUGAAACAGCAAUCGUUAUCGGAUGAACCAAAAUCUAGUAAUAAAAGUACUCUCGGACAAAGGGUAAUGUCAGCCAAAAUGCUUCGUUUUAAACAGUUACAAAAUCAAUUAGCCGAUGCACACUAUCAUCUCAAUGAACUAGCAAAUGAAAACAGAUUAUUGAAGGCAUUGCAGAAAAGACAAGAUUCUGCAUUGAGGCGUUAUGAAGGCGCAAAUGCCGAACUACCGAGGCUUAUAAAUUCACAUCACGAAGAAUUGAGGGUACUUCAAACGAAAUAUAAGAAAUUGAAGGAAUUGCACAAGGAUACGUGCAACCUGCUAAAAGAAAAAGAAAAUGAACUUUAUUCAGCGAAUUCACAAAAUAAGCAUCUACUACAACUCAGUAAAGAUCGAAAUCUCGAAGAGAGAGAGAAAUUGCAGUUACAAUUAUCCGAUAUGAAUUAUAAGAUGCAACAGCAACAAGAAACUAUACAGCUAUUACACAGAAAACUUGCCCUCGAAACUAAGAGCUUGAAGCAUCAGUUACAUGUCGAGAUUUCUAAACACAAGGAGACACAAAAGAAUUUACAAGAGACGAUAGAGAAAUUGAAAAGCUUAGAAUGUUUAUUAGACAAUAGAGAAAAGAGAUUAUAUUAUAAUGGUCAAUUGCCAAUUUCUAGCAAAGAGAAAAAUCUAGGUAGCCAUUCUCUUACAAAUCUCAGAGAUGUCAGCAUCUCUAAUCCAAUUAAAGUAUCUAGCAGAGGUAAAAGGAGUGAAAAUAAUAUGCCAAAGGAUAAUUUGCCGUCACUUGACAUAGUGGAAUUCAAUGACGAUGAAAAAAUAACUCAGUCAACGAAUAAUAUUAAUCACGAUCGUUCAAUAGAUCAUCUAAAGUCAGAAACAAUGGCAAGCUUGCAACAGAUACGAAAGUUUCGUUUACAAAGAUCACCGCACAUGCGUAAAAGUGCUCAUUCUAUGGAUGAUUUAAGAUUUAGGCCAAAAGAUCUGGAACCGAGAGCGCGUGAUGAUGAUAAAGUCACAUCGAUAGAUUAUAAAACAAUAUUGGAGAGAGACGAGUUAAAUAACGAGCCAAGUGAAAGUGGCAAAUUAAGGAAAUUCUUUAGUAGAAUAAAAAAUCAGAAUUCACAAAAAUUGCAAAAAGAACUGAGGGCUGAAUUCGAUUAUUCAUCCGACGAUGGAGAGAGUGAGAAUGAAUAUUACAUUCAGUCUUACGGUACCCCGAAAAAAUCUAGAGAAUUGUUCGCAAGAUUGAUUAACAGCACAGAUGAUACCUCUGAUACUUUGGACGAUAUGAUAAAAAAGGCAGAGUACAGCGACGAGGAAGAAGAAUUAACCACACACCUAGCAAGAGGCUUAACGUUUCAAAAGCACAAGUACAAGAGUAAAUCGAAAGUAUUGCAUCGUAGGAACAACGAUCUUUAUGACAGCGGUUCUGACGUUGAUCCCGAAGGAGCGAUAAAUACAAAUGGAGAUACUUCCAUUGAAUAUAAAAGCAAUGGCUUUCAAACCAGCUUAUCUAAGUACGCCAAAGAGCAAUUUAGUGAAAAAACUUUUAAUGGUGUCACUCAUUCGGAAUACAACACUUUGGACAUCGCAGAACAGUCUGUUGAGAGAUUGAAGGAUGCACAGCUACAGAAAAUAUCUAAUAAUACUCUGGAUGAUGUUAACAUCGAAAGUACAGAAGUUCCUCAACAAUCUUCAAACUCAAACAAGAUGUGGCUGGAGAAGCGACAACUUUUGGAAAGUAACGGAAUAGACGAUUCCUCUACAGACAUCAAAAAGGAAGAUUGCACAAAAGAGGAAGAAACAAAAUAUCUAGAAGAACCAGUGUAUGUUGACAUGUCAUGUGGCAAGGUUUAUCAUGAUACGGACAAUGCAUAUAAAGAAAUGAAAGAUUUGCCCAGUUCGGAAGAGAAAGAAGUCGAGAAGGGCUCACAGCAACCUUAUGAAGAGGAAUCUACUAUAAAUCGUUCGGAUGGCAGGAAUCAACCAGUGUAUAAUUUGGAAAAAGAAUAUCUUGGAUCCAAGGCGGACGAGACGCCCAGCGUGAUAUGCCACAGUGAUGAAGAAACGUCAAACAAAAAUGACAUCAAUAUAGAAACCCAGAAUAAAUUAAACGCCUCAGAUGUCGAUGCACUGUCCAACAAUGUUCCUGAAUCUCAGGCUGAGCGGGGUAAUGGCGCAAAACGCGAAAUGACGGAGAUAAAACAAGCAAGCGAUAAGAAGAAGAUAAAUAAUUUCAACAAAGAAAAGCUAUUGGCCACGAUGAAAGCUAUCGACGACAACGAGAAUAUCGAGUUCCUAAGCCAAGGAUUCAAGAAUCACAACACGAGCAGAAUGCAGAUAAUGGAGAAUCUACAUCGUGGUUUGCCUGCACAUUCAAAGCCGAAGCGCGAUAUUAUUAGAGAUAUAUUCGAGGACAAUCACAUAGAAAGUAAAGCUAGAGGCACUUGUAGUAAAUCGCAUUGAAAUUUUAGAAAUGGUCGCGUUAAGGAUCGUAAUAAAUAGCACAAAACCGACUUUCUCGCUUUCCUUAAUUCUGUUAAGCUUUACAUGCGAACCUUGUCGAACAAAUGAAAUAUUUACAGAAAAAAAUAUAUACAUUAUAUAUUUUUUCUGAUGUAUCGAGGUUUGCAACUCGUUUGAGGAUGCUACUGAAUAUCAGAGAUAUGUUUCCUCAGAAAUAAAUAACAAAGCAGCAAUGUAUCUUACUUUAUUUCUUAUAGUCUAUUUUCUAUUGAUUAAAAUGAAACUAAAGUUAUGAAGUAAAAUGAAACUAAAGUAUGUGUUAUUUUUUAAAUAAAUAAAAAAAAGAAAUUUAAAUAAUCGUCAAGUUUGCAACAUUUAUUUUUCAAAAACCAAACCAGUUUUCGUUGUAUCAUGCGUAUCGAUUAUCUUGUAUAUGAAUCAUAAAGAUU